AUGUCCCCGAAUCUUCCUGACCUUGUUAUUCGCGAGGUGACUUCAGACAUCUGGAUAUUUUCUCGACCGUUUCCGCGCUUCGGUUUCUUGCCCUGGGGUGGACGAUCAACGGCAGUCAAGCUUUCCACAGGGGAUGUGUGGGUUCUGGCGUCGACCCCGCUUACUGAUGAUACGAAGGAAACGAUAGACAAACUAGGACCAGUAAAAUGGAUAAUGGGCGCUGAUGCCGUCCAUCAUUUGUUCCUCGCGGAGUACAAGACUGCGUAUCCUGAGGCGAAGGUCAUUGGGGUCGAACCUUUGGUGGAGAAAAAGAAAGCGGAGGGACUUGUACUCGAUGGAGCGUAUGGUUCUGACCCACCAGGUACUUUGUACGGGUUUGAAGACGAGAUUAAAGCGUGCUACUUCUCCGGAUAUGCCAGUGUAGAUGUUGCCUGGCUUCACGUUGCUUCCAAGACUUUGAUUCAAGCAGACUUACUCUUCAAUUUACCUGGAACCGAACAAUACUCGAAAACGAAAACGUCGCCCAAAAUACCCAUCUUAGGCAAGCUGGAUCCAUAUGGCAGCCUGCAGAAGCAUUUCCUGUGGGCACAAGGAAAGGAUAAGAAAAUCAUGAUGCAAGAUGCUCGUACUGUGGCUGAAUGGGAUUUUGAACGGGUGAUACCUUGCCAUGGUGACGUCAUCGAAACCGAUGGAAAGAAGGCAUGGGUUACGGCGUACAGCAAAUACUUGAAGCUGUAG